UUGCACUUUUUGAAAACACCACAUUUCAACAUUUUCCUCCUCAAUUCUUCUUCAUCAAUCUUUUCUCCAAAACAAUUUCUCAAACUUCGUCCAUCAGAAACCGCCAUGUCCAUAAACUUACACCAUCAUGCCUUCGCCGGAAACCCUCUAAGAUCAAUUCCCGCCGAUCAACUUUCACCCUCCGCCGCUCUCAAAUCCCUCAACACCAUAAUUCUACAAAACAAUCCUUCUCCUCCUUCUCCCAAUUUCAAGGUACUUCCGUUCAGAAACGGAAGUCCUCUAGCCUCUUCCUCCGUUGGCUCCGAUCACUCGCCGCCGAUUUGGCAUCUGGCUUGGAUCAGUUUGGACGAUCUUAAAGCCAUCUUCAAAAGUUCAGGUGCCAAGCUGAAUGGAGACUCAUUGGUGUACUUGGGUUCGUCUGCAGAGGACGACGCUGUUUACUGGGCAAUCGAUGUUUCCGCUAAGGUACCUAAAUUGGGUACCGAUCCCAACGUGGGAUCGCGGUUCGUAGAGCUCCGAACUCUCAUGGUGGCCACCGAUUGGGAAGAUAUCAAAGCAAUGCAAAACCUAGCUAUUGCUGGUCAAGCUAAGGCACUGCUAGAAUGGCAUAAUAUUUCUCAAUUCUGUGGACAUUGUGGAAAGAAAACUGUUUCUGUCGAAGCUGGGAGACGGAAGCAAUGUUCUAAUGACUCUUGCAAGAAAAGGAUUUAUCCCCGUGUUGACCCGGUGGUAAUUAUGCUUGUGAUUGAUAGAGAGAAUGACUGCGUCCUCUUGGGUACACGACCGAAGGUUAUUUCUCGAGUGUGGAGCUGCUUGGCUGGUUUCGCAGAGCAAGGAGAAAGCUUGGAGGAAGCUGUAAGAAGAGAAACUUGGGAAGAGAGUCGUAUUGAAGUGGGAGAAGUUGUAUAUCACAGUUCUCAGCCAUGGCCCCUUGGUUCAAAUAGCAUUCCAUGCCAGCUGAUGGUUGGGUUCUUCGCAUAUGCAAAAUCCCGCGAAAUAAUUGUGGACAAGAAAGAGUUAGAAGAUGUGAAGUGGUUCAGUAGAGAAGACAUACGAAAAGCAUUAACGUUGGCCGAAUAUAAAAAAGCCCAAAGAACAGCAGCAUCAAAGGUAGAACAAAUAUGCAAGGGAGUAGAAAAGAGUAGGAGCUUGGCUGGAGAUUUCAACGUGGAAAGUAGUGAACAUGCUCCAAUAUUUGUUCCUGGACCUUUUGCAAUAGCCCACCACCUUAUUUCCUCUUGGGCCUUCUCAGAUCAAAAUGCCCAUUAAAUUGUGUUGAUGCAUUUCAAAGAAAACUAUUCAGUCCAUAUUUACCGAAAUAAAACCUAUUGAUUCCAUGACAAAUUCUUUAGGGUGGCUGAAAUUCUUUUUCCAAUGUCUCUAUUGGAAUAAAGAUAUCUAGUAGUGUUAUGGAUCAUUUUUCUGUUGAUGUAAAGUUGUCAUUGAACUGUUUGUAAAUUACACUCCUCAUUUGGGAGAGUUUCACUAUUUGUUUUUACACUAUUUUUUCA